AUGCCUUUAGAAGCACACGACUAUCUGGUCUCUCAAGGAUGGGGAGGAAAAGGAACUGGGCUUCGACAAGGAGCUAUCUCCAGACCUAUAGCGAUCCCGAUGAAAAAAAAUCUAGCAGGGCUUGGAAAGGAUCGUGACGAAGCGUUUCCCUUCUGGGACCACUUGUACACCGCGGCUGCGAAGUCCAUUACGAUUAAAUAUGUCAGCGACGACGAAGGAGACGGUGGCGAGGCGUCAACUUCCAAAAGCGCACCUUUGAGGAAGACUGCUACUGGAAUUCUUUCCACUCGCCGUCCCAUCGAUGGAGCUCCCGCGCAUUCAGGCAAUACAACACCAAAUGAAGGGGAUUCAGAUUCCCAGACCCCCCGUCUGUCUUUGAUGGCGCAGGCUCAGCGUGAGGCUGCCAAACGUCGAUUGUACGCCAAUUUCUUCCGAGGGCCCGUUCUUGGACCUGAAGCUAUAGCCGAGGAAGAGAAACGACUUGCCGACCUUGUUUCGAAAACGUUUGAAAAGCAACAUUCUGCUGUUCAGAGCAUGAUCGUGACAGAACACAUUGAAAUUCAGACUGCUACUGAUAAAAUGGUGAUUGACCUCGAGGUUUCCAAUUCGUCAACCGGAAAAAGGAAGGUUCACGGCGCAGAGGAGGCAUCAAGUGAGGAAGAGGAAGAUGAGGCAUCAAGAAAAGAGCGUAAACGGAAGAGAAAGGAAGAGAAGCAGAUGAAGGAAAAGAACAUGGCUAAACAGAGGCGAAGGAAGGAGAAGAGGGCAAAGCAAGAAACUGCUCUCGAGUCCUCAGAUGAUUCAUCCCAUUCACCUUCAAAAAAGAGCGAUUCUGUCGACAACAUCGAACGUCGGAGGAAAAAGGAAGAAAAGAGAAGAAUUAAAGCACUGCGAAAGCAACUAAAUGUCGUCAACAUAAAACCUACAGAUGCGGAAAAGGCUGACUGUAAUGGAACAAAAACCAAAGCCUCGAAACAGAAACAUUCAAAGUCACCAAACGCCGACAAAGAGGAAAACGAAAAUUUUGACAAGAAAAGGAAGAAACGGAGACGAAACAGCUCUGACGAGUCUAGCUAG